GAUAUUUGUAUAAUUAUUAUAAAAAAAUAGUUGAAUAUUUUAUUUCUUUUUUUUUUUUUGAUUUUCUACUUUUAUAUUUUUAUGUUUAUUUUAUAUUUAUAUAAUUUUUAAAAAGUGACUUAAUCCUGCGUCAUCCAGUUACACACACACACACGCGCAUUUUGACAUUUCGGUAUUUACUAUUUUUGGAAUUUUUGGUUUAGCCCAGUCUUUGUACUCUACUCUAUGCCAUUUGAUCAUUGUUGAUCAUCAUAAAAUAUACAUGCACAUAGCAUCAACUAAAUAAACUGCAUACAGUAUUUUUUAUGUGAUAUUUUAAUAAAUAAAUAGUACAACGUUUCUGUGUAUAUUUAUGUAUGUAUUGUGCAUUCCAAUCAAUCAACAUAUGUACAAUGAUACAAACGGACAAACCAUUAUAUCGAGACACGUUUUUAUAUUUAUAUUUAAAUAUUUAAUAUAUACAGUCAUGGGUAUUUUUAAAAAAAUUAUCAAUGAUGACACAUUACCAUGACUGCAGUAGUGUGUAAUGUGUAUUGUACCUACAUAUAAAUAUUUCCUUAGCAACAAAUAUUUAUUUAUAUUAUAUUGUGUGUGUCACAGUGUAUCAUGUUUGUCUGUCGGUUGUAUUGUUGAUGAUUAUGAAGUAUAAACUAUAAUAAUGAAGCCAUUUUUUUUACUCUUUUAUUAUUAUUAUUAUUAUUUUAAUAUUUAUAUAUAUUUGAAAAUUAUUGCUAAAAAUAUAUAGUAAUAUGCAUUUAAACGUUAUCCUCUACAUGUAUCCCCUCUACUGCUUCGAUUUUUAUGUGUGUGUGUGUGUGUGUGUGUGUGACGACUGACGAGUGACGAGAGUGGUUAUUUUGCAGUGUACAUACAUAUUUAUUCCUGUGUGUGUGUGUAUGUGUAUCAAGAAUAUUUUAUCAAUGUGAAUGUGUGGCUUUUUUUUAUUUUUUUUAUUUAUUUUUGUUUAUUUUUACUUGAGAAAUGCCAAGUCUCGUUGCAUUUGGCCGACGUUGGCAAAUUGGAAGUGACGAUCUUCUUGUUCCUUGUUUACAACUUGCUCUAGGACAUUUAAUUCAGGCAGUGGGACUUGGAUUGUUUUUAGGAAUUGUCAAUUGGGAUAAAAGUAUCUUUUGUGAAAUUUUACUAUGGAAAUAUGUGCUUGUAUAUCUUGGCCUUUUUAUAAUAUCAUUUAUCAUUGAAUUUGCAAUAUGUAUUUUGGCAACUCGAGGAAGUAUUUUGGACACUACUGCACGAUCACCAAUAAAAUUUCUCUUGUACAUAAAAUUAUUUUUAAUGCUGAUAGAAAUUGGCUGUUUGUGUGCUGGACUAAUAUGGAUUUUAUCUUAUUAUGAUACUUGUCCAAUAAAUUAUUCAAUGAAAAAAUCAAUGUCUGGUUUUGUUUUAUGCAAUGGUGUAAUUGUAUUUGUUGUGUUGAUGAUUAUUUGGUGUAUUUAUGAUCCAGCUGGAAAAACAUGGGUUGAAUCAACCAAGUAUAAAAAAGAUUUUGAAAUAAAUUCACAAUUAACUGAUCGAGAUUGGAGACAUGGAAAAGUAAAAAAAGCCUAUCAUGAUAGAUGGACUCAAAGAUGUUCAUUAUUAUUUUGUUGUUUUGGUGAAUGUAAAACAGAGAGGGACUCAUUUACUGAUAUAUCACAUUUAUUAAAUGAUAUAUUUCUUCAUCUUGAUGUUGUGCCAUCAGAUGUAGUUGCAGGAUUGGUAUUACUUCGUGAAUUUCAAAUGAUUGAAAGAAAAUUAAUAGUACAACAACAAGAUAAUGAUGUAUUUGAAUUUUUAUCUGGUGUACCAAUAACACCAAUGACAAAAUUUUUAUCAUUGACUAAUAAUGAUGAUACAAGACAUUUAAAAAAUGUCAUUCAUUAUAUGCAUUUUGCACUUGCUGCUUAUGGUGGUUCACCUCUUCUUGAUGAUCAUAUAUUACAACCAUGUAAAAUUGGAACAAAAUGCUGUUGUUUAAUGAAUAAUAAUAAAAAAACUAAUAACAAAUACAACAACACCAACAACAACAACAACAAUAAUAAUAUGAAUAUUAAUGACAAUGACAAUGACAAUGAUUCAAAUGAUGAUAAUUUUGAUUAUGAUGAUGAUGGUGAUAUUUGUGAUUGUGAAUAUUCUGUAUUUCAUAAAAUGGUACAACUUGGUAAUAUUGUUAUUGUACAUAGAGAAUUUAGUGUUGGUAUUGGUAAAACACCAUUUUUUGUUGCAUUGGAUUAUAUUAAAAAACAAAUAGUCAUUAGUAUACGUGGUACAAUGUCAAUGGUUGAUAUUAUAACUGAUCUUGAUGGUGAACCAGUUGUUUUACCAUUAUUAGAAAAAAAAGAUGAUUGGUUAGCACAUAAAAUGAUGUUACAAGCUGCUGAAUAUAUAAAAAAUAAUUUAAUUGAUAAUUGUGUGCUAUCAAAAGCAUUUAAUAAAGAUUUAACACGACAAACAAAUACAUUUGGUUUAACACUUGUUGGUCAUUCAUUGGGUGCUGGUACAGCAUCAAUAUUGGCAAUAUUAUUACGUCAAGAUUAUCCAAAUUUAAUAUGUUAUUCAUAUGCACCACCUGGUGGUUUAUUAAGUAUGCCAGCACAAAUAUAUACACAAAAAUUUAUAAUAUCAACAAUUCUUGGUAAAGAUUUUGUACCACGUAUGGGUUUACGACAAAUGGAAUGUUUACGUGCUGAUGUUAUGAAUGCACUGAGACAAAGUGCUGAUCCAAAAUGGAAAACAAUAUGUUCAGUUAUGUGUUGUGGUUGUAAUUCAAAACCAACAGCUAUAACUAAACUUGAAAAUGGUGGAUGUAUUGUUGAAUAUCAUAAAAAUAAAAAUCAAGCAAGAUUAUUAGUACCAAUUGAUACUGUUAUUAUAAAACCACGUCAUUUACCAUUAUAUCCACCAGGUAAAAUAAUUCAUGUUGUUAGAAAAUAUCCAAAUGAUCAAGAUGAAGAUGACGAAAAAAAACAAAAAAUGACAAAAACAACACCACCACCAUUGUAUUUGGCAUUGUGGGCUGGUCCCUGUGAUUUUGAUGAGGUAUUAAUUAGUCCUGCAAUGAUUCAAGAUCAUAGACCUGAUCAUAUGUUGGAGAUAUUGAAUAAAUUUAAAAUGGCCUGAUGUACAUGUUUUGUAUGUAAAUGUGUCUGUAAUCUGUACCUAUGUAUAUUUGAGUACUCCAAGUGCACCAGCAGCCAACAGUAUUUUAUAAGCAAAAGAAAUAGAA